AUGUUGACUCGUUUAGGAUUUCUUGGGCGCUUGAAGGCGGCUCUGAAGACAUCGAAAUCGUGUCCAGCUGGCCCGGAGGAGGAAAUCGCAAGCACGACGUUAAAAGUUCCUUCUAUUAUCUCGUACGAGAAAGAAGUUUCAAAGUGGGGUUAUCAAGUUGGUCCUUUGUGCGAAGUCAUCCGCGGUUCCAAGCUUUUGCUAGACGAAAGCCAGGGCAAGGAAUAUGCACCGUCUCUGGCCUCUAAGGCCCUGCUGGCACAAUACGGCAAAGAUGCUGUUCAGGCCUCAGGAGAGUAUCUAGGACAUCUUGUUUUACAUGUGAGGGAUACGCUUCAACGACGCUUCGGGGACGCCGCGAACUCAAUGGAGCUCAAGUUUGUGCUUACUGUUCCUGCUGUUUGGUCCGACAAAGCAAAAGAUGCAACACUUCGAGCCGCUAUAAUGGCCGGUAUCGACUCCCAGCAAAUCUCUCUUGUGUCGGAGCCGGAAGCUGCCGCUCUACAUUCACUGCGGACAAUCCAGCCAAACUCAAUCACGAAAGAUGAUGUUCUAGUGGUUUGCGAUGCAGGUGGUGGGACUGUGGACUUAAUCUCUUAUAAAAUACAAGACCUCGAUCCAUUAAGCCUGGAAGAAGUCACAGAGGGCACAGGGGCCGUUUGCGGAUCUCUUCUACUUGAUGAGAGAUACGAACGCCUCCUGAUGAAGAAAGUAGGUCUGGAGAAUUAUCAAUCUCUCCCAACAAAGUCUAAAGAAGCCGCUCUUUGCUUUUGGAGGGACAUGGUCAAGCCUACCUUUGGUGAAGAAUCUGACUGCGAUUUUCUAGACGUGGAUCAUUUCAUUCCGCUUCCAGGAGCAGCAGAUCAACCUGACAAGAAUAUAGAUGGUGGAUUUGUUCAACUUGAAGGUGUUGAGAUCGAAGAGAUCUUUGAGCCGAUAGUGUCAAGGGUCGAAGAAUUGGUACGGGCGCAGCUUGAGAAGGUUGCCUAUCUCCGACUCAACGCGAAGGCUGUCGUUCUUGUGGGGGGGUUUGGGUCCUCAAAAUAUCUCUUCCAGCGCCUGAAGGGCAGUACUCCUUCUAUCACAGUAUUGCAGCCCCCAAAUGCUUGGGCGGCAGUUGUCAGCGGUGCGGUUCUCCGUGGACUAGAAGGAAAUCGCGUGGAAACCCGAAUCUCCCGUUGUUGGUACGGUGUUUCAGCCAACACACAGUUUGAUGAAAGCCGCCAUCCCAAACGUGACAAAUAUUGGUCGGAAUUUGAAGAAGACUGGGUCGUGCAUAACAACAUGACUUGGUACAUUAAUAAGUCUGCCAAGAUAUCCGAACGCCAGCCCAUUAAAUUCGGGUUCUACCGCACAGUCAGGGUAGAUCGAGCCAAGAAACUACACUUUACAGAUGAUUUGUUCUUCUGCAACGACGAGAGAGCGCCGGAAUUCCGUUGUGAUAGCAGGAGUCCUUCGACUUUGCACAUUGGAAACUGA